GUACGUGUGUCAAUUAAUCAAUAUUUCAAAUUUUGAACGAAAAUUUCAGGGCGAAUCGUACUAGCAUUAAAUUUAGUGAAGCGUUCAAACUUGCGAAAUUUUUCGGCAAUUUCUACGAUUUUGAUUUUAACAUUGCCGACGAAAAUCAUUACAAACACCUGCAAGGAAUUGUAGAUGUUUUAGAACUCGACAUUGCCACUUUAAUGAAACAGUUUACGACUCGGUGCCCCGACCUUUUACUCAACUGUCGCUGGAAAGGUGUUGAGAAAAAAUGCAACGAACUGUUCACAAUGAAACUGACUUAUGACGGUUUUUGCUGCACUUUUAACUACUUUAAAGAGAGUUUAAUGAACGGAAGUGUGUCGAUUUUGAACGGUACUGACGGCCUCACUCGUGGCUUGUCAGUGACCGUGAUGAACGACCUUGACGAUUAUUUCUACACACCUUUGGAAUCACAAGGAGUCACAGUUCAAAUUUUCGUACCAAACGACUACCCUGAUAAGCCCAGUGGUAGUCUUAGCGAAGUUGUGGUCAAUGUUGGCACUGAAAAUUACGUAAAAAUCACGCCAACUACGAUUUUUUCGACGAAGGAGGUCAUGAAAUACGCGGUGGCGAAACGGCAGUGCCUAUUUGAUGAGGAACGACCAACCACUUUCGAGGGCUUGUAUUCGCAAAGUGAUUGUAAUGUUGAUUGUCGCAUUGCCAGCGCUUUGGCGCUGUGUCAUUGUCUCCCAUUUACUAUUCCGUUAUCGGAAGGCGAGUCCGUUUGUAAUUUCCAGGACUUGAAAUGUUUGAAUCAGUACAAAAAUAAAUGGAACACCCUGUAUCCGGAUAAUGACGAUUUUGGGAUUUUACAACACGAGCAACACGACUCGUUACGUUGUGAACAAAGGUGUUAUCCUUCGUGUGAUAGCACUUUGUAUGAGGUUUUCCCCGAUAGUUCACCCUUUCACAAGAAAGGAAAUUUUGCAAUAAUUCACAUCUAUUACACGAAUCGGUUUUCACGAUUGUUUAAACAUGACGUUGUUUACAAUUGGUUUGAAAUUUUAAGCAAUUUUGGCGGAACGUUCGGUAUUAUAGUUGGGUUCAGUGUGAUUUCGGUUAUUGAGUGUUUGGUUUUCGUGCUUCAGUUCACAAAAAAGAAAUGUUUUACGUAAAAGUGUUCCUGGAUUUUGAUUGUUUUACUGUCGUUCUAGUGCUUUUUUUUCGAAAAUAAUUUUCAAAAUUGCUGGAUUAUUAUCGUUAUUAUAAUAAAGAAGGCAUAAAAACAAAAAAAAUAUUUUCAAAGUUAUGAUUUUUUUAAUUAUGUUUUUGUAUUUUUAUAUCUGCAAUUUAAAAUUUCAGAGUAUGUAAGGUAAUUUUUUUAUAACUCUUUAAAUAGAUGCUUUUGCCCUGUUUUUUGCUAAACCAAAAAAAAAUUGAACCUAUAAUAGUACAGCUACAAAAAUAUUUUUUUUAUUAUUUUUAAACUGUUUUACAGAAUUUUUUUUCUUCUUUUAUUGUUAUAGAGCAUUUUCUUUCUCGAAGUUAAUUAGUAAGAUGGCAAAAUGGCAUUUGAAAGUACUGUUUAAUUAAAAAAAAACAGAUUUUUUUUUAUUUUUUUAAAUCUGAUUGUCAUGUUUUAAUAAAAAUUUUAAUAAUUGUGUUUUAAUAAAUAUCACUUACGCGCCAAAAAGAGUGCGUCGAAAAGCAAAAAAUAUUUUCAAAAUAGUUUUUUUUUAAUUUUGUUUGUUAAUUUUUUCUAAUUUUUUUCUUAUAAAAUUUUAAAUUAUGGCUCCUAGACAUUUUUUUAUAACUCUUAAAGUUGGUGCUUUUAUCCUACUCUUCAUCAAACCAAAAUGGUAUUUGAAAGUACUGUUUAAUUAAAAAAAAAAAACAGAUUUUUUUUUUUAAAUCUGAUUGUCAUGUUUUAAUAAAAAUUUUAAUAAUUGUGUUUUAAUAAAUAUCACUUACGCGCCAAAAAGAGUGCGUCGAAAAGCAAAAAAUAUUUUCAAUAUUGUUUUUUUUUUAAUUUUGUUAAUUUUUUCUAAUUUUUUUCUUAUAAAAUUUUAAAUUAUGGCUCCUAGACAUUUUUUUAUAACUCUUGAAGUUGGUGCUUUUAUCCUACUCUUCAUCAAACCAAAAUGGCAUUUGAAAGUACUGUUUAAUUAAAAAAAAAGCUUUUUUUAUUUUUUUAAAUCUGAUUCGUCAUGUUUUAAUAAAAAUUUUAAUAAUUGUGUUUUAAUAAAUAUCACUUACGCGCCAAAAAAUAUUUUCAAAAUUGUUUUUUUUAAAUUUUGUUUGUUAAUUUUUUCUAAUUUUUUUUCUUAUAAAAUUUCAAAUUAUGGCUCCUAGACAUUUUUUUAUAACUCUUGAAGUUGGUGCUUUUAUCCUACUCUUCAUCAAACCAAAAUGGCAUUUGAAAGUACUGUUUAAUUAAAAAAAAAGUUUUUUUUAAUUUUUUUAAAUCUGAUUGUCAUGUUUUAAUAAAAAUUUUAAUAAUCGUGUUUUAAUAAAUAUCACUUACGCGCCAAAAA